CUUGGCUUUCCAACGGAAUUGGGUUUCAUUGUAGAUGCUGUGAAGAUGAUGAUGUACUUGCUCUUUUUUACUCUAUUUAUCCGGAUUCAAGAGAAGCAUGCCUUCACACUUCCAAGAGAUGAAGUUUUGUGGGCUUUUCCAAAAACAGACAAACAGGCAGAAGACCUUCAGAAUUUACUGAACACCACCGAGGUCAUUCUCUGGCAACCUGUUGUGGUUGAAAACAUCCAGAAGGACCAAGAAGUCCAUUUCUAUGUCAAUGCAUCCAGUACAAACAGAAUAAAAGCUGGUUUAAGGCAACUGACCAUCCCACACAAAGUUUUGAUGGGAGAUGUUCAAGGACUUAUUGAAAAACAGACAGUCAAUGACACAGUCAACCCACGCAGUUCUUCAUCAUAUUAUGAAAACUACCAUUCCAUGACAGAAAUCUAUAAUUGGAUGGAAGAAACUGUGAGACUCCAUUCUGACCUACUUGAGAAAAUUUAUAUUGGAUCAUCAUAUGAAAAACGACCACUUUACGUCUUGAAGCUUUCUAAAAGGCAGGAGAACCCCAAAAGUGCUAUAUGGAUUGACUGUGGCAUCCAUGCUAGAGAAUGGAUUUCUCCUGCUUUCUGCCUGUGGUUCAUAGGCCACACAAUCCAUUUGCGCGAGAGAGAUCAGGUCAUGACAACACUUCUGGAGCACUUUGAUUUCUACGUCAUGCCCGUGAUGAAUGUGGAUGGCUAUGAGUACACCUGGAGCAAACCCUCUAAUCGACUGUGGAGAAAGAGCCGCUCGUCGCACAGUAGCAGUGGCUGCAUUGGUACUGACAUGAACAGGAAUUUUGAUGCACGCUGGUGUGGUAAAGGAGCAUCUCCCAAUGAGUGCUAUGAGACAUACUGUGGACCCUAUCCAGAAUCCGAACCCGAAGUGAAAGCUGUGGCUCGCUUUAUCAGAGAUCACAAAGAUAUCAUUAAAGCAUACAUAACAAUGCACUCUUACUCCCAGAUGGUACUGUUUCCAUAUUCUUACACAAUGGAUAAAAGCAAAGACCACGAUGAGCUGGAAAGUCUGGCAAAGAAAGCAGCGAAUGCUAUAAGGAGAACAACAAAGAAAAUUUAUAAACUCGGUCCUGGUGCACAAACAAUUUAUUUAGCUCCUGGAGGUUCAGAUGACUGGGCUUAUGAUCUUGGCAUUAAAUAUUCUUUUACCAUUGAGCUUCGGGACACAGGAACUUAUGGAUUUUUGCUUCCUUCUGCGCAAAUUAGGCCAACUUGCAUAGAAGCACUUUCUGCUGUCAAAGAGAUUGCUCAGCAUGUUCUUAAAAAUUUGUAACACUAAAUAUAAUUUAUUCCAGCAUGACUAUAUUUAGCUAGCUCAAAUAAUACUUACAAAAAUUGCUGCUUCACUACAUUUAUUUUAUAUGUGUAAAGAAACAAAACGAUAACUCACACUUCAUUUUAGAACAUCUCAAACUUUUCUAGCCAUACUUAAGUACUUAUGUUUACAACAGUAGAUCAGUGCAGCUCCUAUAAGGACAACAAAGCAGAUAGCAACAAAAAUCUCUGGUGCAAGUUUGUUACAAUCCCAAUACGAAAGGCAUACAGAGUUUGUAAUGUAUCAACUAUAAUGUUAUUUACUGGAUCUAAAGGGAAAACAGUAUAGAUAGUCUUACAUCCCUUUAGAUUGUGGAAAGCCUGGGCGUAGUAGGGAUCUCUGAUCUACACAAAGAAUGCAGGGCAGACCUCAUCUAUGGAAGAUGAGGGGAUUGAGUGGGAACAAUAGGAACCCUCAGUGGGAUCAACUGCACACUCAGCAAGCCUGAUGACACCGAGCUGCGUGGUGUGGUCAACACACCCAAAGGAUGGAUUGCCAUCCAGAGAAAUCUAGACAGGAUAGAGCAGUGGGCUCAGGUGAACCUCAUGAGGUUCAACAAAGCCAAGUGCAAGGGCUUGUAACUGGGUCAUGGCAACCUCCACUGUGAGUACAAGCUGGGGGAUGUUAGGACCUAAGGAUACUGGGGGAUGGAAAACUGGACAUAACCAGCAAUGUAUCCUUGCAGCUCAGAAAGCCAAACACAUCAAAAAAAGUGUGGUCAGCAGGGCAAGGGAGGUGAUCUUGCCCCUCUGCUCUGUGCUGGUGAGGCCUCACCUGGAGUAUUGCGUCCAGAUGUGGAGUCCUCAGUACAGGAGAUGUCAGAGUGCAUCCAGAGGAGGGCCAUAAAAGUUGAACAUCUUUUAUCUGAGAGAGCUGGGGCUGUUCGGCAUGGAGAAGGCUCCAAAGAGAAGACUCCUCCUCCAUCUGGACUGUCACAAGUCCAUGGGACAGGAUGGGCUCCAUCCUAGGUUGCUGAGUGAGCUGGUAGGGGUGAUUGCUAAGCCGCUCUCGGCCAUCUACCUGCGCUCCUGUUUAUCUGGAGAGGUCCCAGAGGACUGGAGGCUCACUGAUGUGACUCCCAUCUACAAGAAGGUCCAUCAGGAGGAUCUGGGAAACUGCAGGCCUGUCAGCCUGACCUCAGUACCAGGGAAAGUUAUGGAGCAAAUCAUCUUGGGUGAGAUCACACGGCACGUGUGUGGCAUCCAGGGGAUCAGGCCAGCCAGCAUGGGUUCAUGAAAGGCAGGUCCAACCUCAUCUCCUUCUAUGACUGGGUGACUAGUCUGGUAGACGAGGGAAGGACUGUUGAUGUAGUCUACUUAGACUUCAGCAGAGCUUUUGACACAGUUUCUCACAGUGUUCUCCUGGGGAAACUGGCUGCCCGUGGUCUGGACAGGCAUACCUUUCUUUGGGUAAGGAACAGGGUAGAGGGUCGUGCCCAACAGGUAGUGGUGAAUGGAGUUAAGUCCAGCUGGUGACCCGUUACAAGUGGUAUACCCCAGGGGUCGGUACUGGGGUCCAUCUUGUUUAAUAUCUUCAUUGAUGAUCUAGAUGAAAGGAUUGAGUGCAUUCUCAGUAAGUUUGCAGAUGACACCAAGGUGGGAGGUGGUGUUGUUCUGCCUGAGGGUAGGGAGACCCUACAGAAGGAUCUAGAUAAGCUGGAUCGCUGGGCUGAGGUGAAUGGGAUGAGGUUCAACAAUGCCAAGUGUCGGGUCCUGCACUUUGGGCACAACAACCCCAUGCAGCGCUACAGGCUUGGGGAUGAGUGGCUGGAUGACUGUAAAGAGGAAAGGGACCUGGGGGUGUUGUUGUUGCUCAGCUGAACAUGAGCCAGCAGUGUGCCCAAGUGGCCAAGAGGGCCAACGGCAUCCUGGCCUGCAUUAGAAAUAGUAUGGCCAGCAGGAGCAGGGAGGUGACAUCUCCCUGUACUCAGCUCCGGUGAAGCCGCACCUCAAGUACUGUGUUCAGUUUUGGGCCCCUCACUGCAAGAAAGACAAUGAGGCCCUGGAGUGGGUUCAAAGAAGGGCAACAAAGCAGAUGAGGGGUUUGGAGCACAGGCCUUAUGAGGAGUGGCUGAGGGAGCUGGGGUUGUUCAGUUUGGAGAAGAGGAGGCUCAGGGGAGACCUCAUUGCACUCUACAAAUGCCUGAAGGGAGUUUGUGCCAAGGAGGGGUAUGGCCUCUUCUCUCAGGCAACAAACAGGACCUGGGGAAAUGGCUGCAGUUGUAUCAGAGGAAGUUUAGAUUAGACAUAAGGGAGAACUUUUUUCUCUCAAUGAGUGGUCAGCCACUGGAAUGGCUGCCCAGGGAGGUGGUGGAGGCGCCAUCCCUGGCAGUGUUCAAGAGACCUCUGGAUGAGGAGCUACGAGAUUUGGUUUAGUUUGUGGUAGCAAUGGUAAUGAGAAGACGGUUGGACUAGAUGAUCUUACAGGUUGUUUCCAACCUUGUGAUUCUACGAUUCUGUGAUUCUAUUCCAGGGAGACCUGAAAGCGGCCUUUCAGUAUCUAAAGAGAGGCUGUAAGAAAGAAGGGGACAGAGCCUUUAGCAGGGUUUGUUUUGACAGGACAAGAGGAAAUGGUUUCAAACUAAAAGAGGCGAGAUUUAGACCGGAUAUAAGAAAAAGCUUUUUACAAUCAGGGUGGUGAGGCACAGGGUGCCCAAGGAGGCAGUGGAUGUCCUCAUCUCUGGAAACACCCAAGGUCAGGCUGGAGGGGCUGCAAGCACCUGACUGAGCUGCAGGCAUCACUGUUCACUGCAGGGGAGUUGAACCAGAUGGCCUUUAAGUGUCCCUUCCACAGUUCUGACAGUUCUAUGACUCUACAAGAUUCCUCCAUUUUGGCCAUUUGAGCUAUUACUGGAUUUUCUUACAAGAAAACAACUCUAUUCAUCACAUGGUCUAGUAUUAAAUGUGGAGGCUGGUGGCCCUGCAUGGGGCAGGGGGGUUGGAGAUUCAUGAUCCUUUAGGUCCCUUCCAAUCCUGGCCAUUCUGUGAUUUACUAUCAAACAGAAAGGACAUUCACACGGGACCUUCUCACCUUUAGAUAAAGGCAAGGUGAUGAUG